CUAAACAAUGCAGGAAAAGACGCUCGGAGGCGAGGGCUUAGCUUCCCUGGGCGCUGUUAGCCCAGCCUGAUAGGAAGAGGACUGUGCCUGCCCCUUUAAGACUGACUCCUGGUCUCCUUGGAGGGAAAUUACGUGGUCACACACACUUUUGGGACUUACCACUUCUUUCCAUCAGAAUGCGUACAUAUAUCAAGUGCCCACUACGUAAUGGCAUAGACCCACAGAUUUCCAGUUGAGAUCAGCGUGGCAGCCAGACCCUCCCUUCCUCACCAGGAGCAGUAGCUCCUGUCAACAGCAUCACUGACAGAACCUGUGAUUUGGAAAAGGACUGAUGGCUUUGAUCCUUGGUUGGAGAACAUUUGCACCAUUUCCCAUGAACCAUUCUGGUGUUUUUCUGAAAGCUGUAAGAAGCAAUGGUCUUCCCUCGUUUCCCUGGGGCCACUACCCCUGGAGAGGAACUGGAAGCGUUUUGGACCCUGAGAUGAAAGCUUUCCUGGAGGAGAACACUGAAGUUACCAACAGUGGCAGCCUCACUCCUGAAAUCCGGUUGCGGCUUUUGACGCCCAGAUGCAAGUUCUGGUGGCAAAGAGCUGACCUAUGGCCCUACAGCGAUCCUUACUGGGCAAUCUACUGGCCAGGAGGCCAAGCCCUGUCGAGGUAUCUUUUGGAUAAUCCUGAUGUUGUCAGAGGAAAGUCGGUAUUGGAUCUUGGGAGUGGAUGUGGAGCUACAGCUAUUGCAGCUAAGAUGGGCGGGGCAUUGAGGAUCUUGGCCAACGACAUAGACCCUAUUGCAGGAAUGGCUAUCACACUGAAUUGUGAAUUGAACCAGCUGAAUCCUCUUCCCAUUUUAACCAAUAACAUUCUGGAUUUGGAACAAGAUAAGUGGGACCUUGUUGUGCUUGGAGAUAUGUUUUAUGAUGAAGACCUUGCAGACGGUCUUCAUCAAUGGCUGAAGAAUUGCUUUUGGAAGCACGGGACUCGAGUACUGAUUGGUGACCCCGGGCGACCCCAGUUCAGUGGACAUAGCAUUCAACACCAGCUGCACAAAGUGGAAGAAUAUUCACUUCCAGAGCCUACCAGGAGGGAAAACAAUGGACUAACAACAAGCACGGUAUGGGAUUUUCAGCCUUGAGUUGUCCACCUGCUUCUAAGUGUGAAUAUAGCUAGGUUUGGGUUUAACCCUAAAGAUCUGCCAGUUUAGAGCAUGGAGUUCUUGUUAAAUGGCAAAUCUUGUUUCCAAAAUGUGAAGGCUUAAAGUUUUAUCAGCCUUUGUCAUGUAGUUCUGCAUUAUGCCAAAUGUACAAAUCUCUACCUGCAAUUUUCUAGUUUUACUGCUGUAGGGAUAGAAAUAUAGAAGACAGUACCAAGAUUAUAGCAAUAUGUAAUUUAAGUAGUGGAGAGGAAUGAGAAAGUGUAGCAAAGUCUGUUCAUGUAGUUGUGGACAAUUAUAUGAUAUAUCUUUGAAUUAAACACAAUAUGAAAUAUAGAAGAAUCCUGUAUUUCCAAAAAAUUACCUGUAAAGAUCAGAGAUGCAGUUAGUAUGGUACAGAGUACAUGGGCUUUGGAGUCAGGCAAGUCUGUCACUUUCUAGUUGGGAUUUUCAGGUAGUUAAGCUCUCUGAGGGGGCACCUGGGUGGCUCAGUUGUUAAACGUCUGACUUCAGCUCAGGUCAUGAUCUCAUGGUUUGUGAGU